AUGGGCUUCCAAGAAUGCGACGACAUCGAGCGUGUCAUCAACGACGCUGGACUGCAGAACGAGUACACAAGAAUUCAAGGACCCCAUGCGUUGGGCGUUGCCUACCGCAAGGCCAUAUGGCAGGAGUUGGGCCGAGGGCAAGCCGACAUUGCAGAGGAUAGACGAGAUCAAUGGUACGGCCAACGAGCUGUGCAGUGGGUUCGAGUGCAACACAGGCAGAACAGCCGGACAGUGCUGUUUCUGAACUUCCAUGGCCCCCUUCCGCUGAGCAGCGGGGGCAAGUGUGGCUGUGAGGCCACUGCAUACAACAUAAUGAGAGUAAUUGGCGAGAACGCGGAGUCCAACGAUGAUGUGAUCCUCGUAGGCGACUUCAACUCCAUCACGGGGUCUCCCACAAUCCAGAAACUGUCUGAGCGCAUGCACCGCGUUUUCAGUGGCAAUGCGCAUGGUGGCGUGGACCACAUUUUCAGCAGUUGCCCUAGUGUCAAGGGCACCUGGAAUUUGGGUACUGGCGGCAGUGACCAUGAUGCUCUCAGCGCCCUCAUUGAGGCGUGA